AUGAAAGACGAAAUGGUCGGAAUCAACUUCCUACCUACACUCACGGUGCAACAUCAGCAGCAGCCCUUACGAGUUACGUCGCCACGAGGACCGCACAGGUUCUUUGAUCAGGCGCUGGACACGCGUAAGCCGGGCGGCUCUACGAUUGCAUUCCAUUCACCGCCGUCUGCAAACAUUACACGCACGGUAAAAACGUUUACGACCAAUAAAGAGCGAUUUCGAAAAGAAAAAAAAACAUUAUAUUAUCUCUUGAUGACAUUGAGGUGUCCGCUCGGACGAGGCCGACUCAGUAAAUUCAUCAAUCUCCAAGUCUCGGGGUAUUUGUUUCUUCGAACUUUAUGGCCGACCAUUAAUCACGGCCGAGAGUUCUAUCUGGCUUCGGAGAUCGGGCACACGCUAUAA